GUCCAUGUGUUCAGUCGGUUGCUGUCGCGCGCCGGUGCGGUUUGGCGUCUAGACUUAGCGAGUGUUAUUGAAUAAACCCAAAACCCCCAACGAAAACAAAACAACUGAAUUUUCGUAUUCACCAUCGAAUAGCGCUACGUGACGUCUCGGUAUUUUAAUCCCUAUAAGCAAACGGAUUGAGAUAUUUUGCUGGACUUUUCAAUGUGCAAAUGAAUUCCGUGAUUCAAAUAAUAAUUUUGAGGAUUGACUGGUGAAUAAAUGUGAAGUGCAAUCGAGUGGUGGGGAAUGAAAUAUUUUGGAUUGAAUUGCCAUGAGAACUGGUAAAUUUAUGACGGGAGAUUGUUGUUUUCGGGAUUUUAGUGUGUGAAAUUGAUAUCGGUGGUACGUGAGGUAAAUUUUAAUGUCCAUUAGAUAAAUUGGUACGUCGGAGUGUUAUUAAUUUGCUGUUGGUAUGAGUGUGUUUGGUACGGGGAGCAAGGAUGAGUGGCUGUUGAUUAUUGACAGUGGUGUUGAACAAUUGGGAUACGAUAACGGCUGGUGCACCAGUGCAUUUGGGCCACAGGCCCAAAUUCAGAAUACGGCGGUUGGCGGGAGCAAUUUGACCGCUGCCAUAACCGCCAACCCCAUCAUGCCUCGGGCAUUACCAACCAGACGUGGAUUACAAGCACUUGCACUCAUACUUGCCACUGCUUAUGCCACUAUUCUGAUUUAUCAGGCUGUUGCACCACGUCAGUGGCCAGAGGAGGCAGUGGUAGUGAUAAAUCGUGUGAUAUCCGAUGGACGUUCGGACACUGGUGAAAUGCAGAAAAUUAGUGUCGAGGAGACAGCAGUUACACCACCAGUUGCAACAGCAACGAUGGCGCCUUUUUCCACUGAUCUCAACGACGUCUUCAUCAGCGUCAAGACAACACGUCACUAUCACCACUCCCGCCUGCCAUCGAUUAUCGACACAUGGUUUCAAUACGCCAAGGAUCAGACGUGGUUUUUCACUGAUAAGGACGACCAGUACCUGCAGAAUCGAACGAAUGGACACCUAGUCAACACAAAGUGCUCAUCCUCCCACAAUCGUCGUGCAUUGUGCUGCAAAAUGAGUGUGGAAUUCGACAGAUUUCUCGAGUCCGGUAGAAAGUGGUUUUGCCAUUUUGAUGAUGAUAAUUACGUGAAUGUACCUCGUCUGCUUAAGCUGUUGGACAAUUACAAUCCCCGGGAGGACUGGUAUCUCGGCAGGCCGUCGAUACCAGCACCCUUGGAGAUCAUGAGGCAACAAGGUGCUGACUCGUCCAAACGACCGCAGAAGGUGAAAUUUUGGUUCGCCACAGGAGGCGCGGGUUUCUGUAUCAGUCGUGCCCUGGCUCUCAAGAUGGUACCAGUCGCUGGGGGUGGAAAAUUUAUAACUGUUGGUGACAGAAUUCGAUUGCCUGAUGAUGUCACCAUGGGAUAUAUUAUUGAGCAUUUGCUGAAGAAACAAUUAACUGUUGUUGAGCAGUUUCAUUCACACUUGGAACCUAUGAAGUUUCUCAACGAGGACACCUUCCACGAACAGGUAUCGUUCAGCUACUCGAAAGAUCCCCGAGAUGAGUGGAACGUUGUAAAAAUCGAUGGUUUUCGUCUCAAGGAUGAUCCAAAUAGAUUCAGAUCAAUCCACUGUCGAUUAUUCCCCCACGAGACUGAUUGCUCCAGGAGAUGAUCCCCCAGGAGGUAUUAUUUAUCGAGAACAUCCAAAGAGGCCGGCGAUUACAACUCAUUGAUUUCUCAAUGAAUUGACAUUUUGAGAUUAUCUGAGGACCUAAAUAUUGUUACACAACUCUUUGGAGCUGUAAAUAUGUAAUUCACACGUGAAAAUGCUCGCAACUUCUCAUCGUUAAAAGCGUGAUAUCUGUAAAUAUUUUCGAUGAGAACGGUGCGAGGAGAAGAAUAAGAGAAUAUUUAUAUAAAUUUAUAGCGUGAGGAUGAGUUAUCAUACUGUCAGAGUUCUACCGUUAACAAUUGGAUUAUUUAUAUGUUUAAAAAAAAAUACGAACUCAGAACUAGUCUCGAUAGGAAAGCAGACAGCUCUACAAUGUGAUAUCUUAGUCUGUGAGGGAUCGUACGAUAUUUUUUAUAUCUUUACAUUAUUUCUGUCUCAUCCCCUUUGAUCUUUAUUUUACCCUGGGAUUUUCUCUACACCUGUGUUAUCGAUUACGUGGGAAGACCUUUAGGAGUGCAAUAUACGACAGUUGCUUUGAGGCAUUUCCACGUUGAAAUUUUUUAACUCACAAAGCAAUUCGUGGAACAAGAGGAGAAAUAUUCGAGGCUGAUUUAAUCAAUUUUCUCAAACGAGAAGUACAUACCAAGUAUGUACUAAUGUUUUAUUAAUAUCUUUUGUUGAGUAUAGACGAGCACAUUGUAUUUUCUAAUUAAUUAUUGUUGAACAAAUUGUAAAGUAAGAUAAUAAUAAUGAUA